ACAACUCUUCAUUCAUCACUUGAAACAAACACCAGAGAGUUGCUGCCGGCACAUCACGUGACUUCUGGGAAUCAGCGCGCGGAGAAAGAGAAAGUGAAAGCAUCUGGAACACCUGAUCGGAGUGAGUUUGCGGUUUUAUGGCUUUGCUCCACCCUUCAGACAUGUUUCUGUUUUUUUUUUGUAUAACCGAAAUGAUGAGAAGUCGCUGCAGACUUUGUGCAGAAGAGGAGCCGAACCUGGACCUGAACCUAGACUCGGAUCUGGACCUGUUGCCUUCUCAACUCAAAUGAGAAAGAGCAGCUAGCCUCCGCUCACAUCCUGGUACUUCCUGGUGGUCGCAGCACAUCUCUGUUCAAAUCUACACGACAUGGAGUCUGAAAGAAGACCAGCCUCAGCCCAAUGAUCGAGCGGAGAGGGAUCAGUGAUGGAGGAGAGCCUGCCUGUGAGAAGAGAAGGAACGGGUGCCACGAGCGCUCACGGAGAGGUUUCUCCUUUCUAGGAUGGUCAGAGACGGUCUGGACAGAACAAUAGUGAAAAACCAAAAACAGGACAGCGCAGUCGAGGAGCAGAACCAGAACCAAAUCUUGGAAGAUCCAGCAGUGCCGGAGCCACCACUGAGCACGGAGGAAGUUAAAGCACAGAGUCAAGAGCCUUCGGGGAAGAAGCUGAACUUUCUGCUCUGGAGCAAAGUGAGCCGUGGGGAGGACUCGGACUCCUGGAGCCCGCCUCUGACCGGAGCCAACGCCGACAGCUGGCCCACGCACCUCCAGCCGUUUAGCAGCGAAGAAGAGUUUGAGCUGGUGAAACACACCUACCAGCAGCUCCAUCACAGCGGUUAUUACUGGGGACCGAUGACCAUGGAGGAGGCGCACGAACUACUCUCGCACACAUCUCAGGGUACUUUUCUCCUCAGGGACAGCGGUCAGGUGGACGUCUUCUUCACGCUGAGCUAUCAGAGCGAAGACGGCCCGACGAGCGUCCGCAUCCAGCUGCAGGACCUGCUCUUCAGCCUGUACGGCAGCCACAGGACUUUUGCCUCGCUCUUCGCUCUGCUGGCGUUUUACACCGGCGCUUCCUGUAAGCUGACGGAGCCGUAYCGCACGCAGCGCCCGGAGCGCCUGAAGCAGCUGUGCAGGAGAGCGUUUGUGCGCACGUACGGAGCAGAACAUGUAGACACCUUCCCUGGACUCAGCACUCAGCUUAAAGCCUAUGUCUGCGCGUACCCUCACAGUAUAUAGGCCAACCUGUGGACACAGUGCUUUUUUUUUGUUUGUUUAAAAAAUAACUAUAUAUUUUUGUGUUUUACUAUAAACACACAUUUUUUUUAAAAUGCAAUGUGACAUGCAGCUUAUAUUUUCUUGGAGAGUGUUUUUGUAUUGUUUAUAAUGAUCACAGUUGAAUGUUAUACAUGCACAGAACUGAAAUGAAUCAAAACAAAGUAAAAAUAUGAGAACAUUUUGCUGAAAUAUUGUAAAUUUGGUUACUGGUGAGUUUUAGACAAAUUAAACAUUUCCUGGUUGUAAUGGAUUUAUUAUCUAUUUAUUUGAAAACAAUACAAAACUUUUUAAGGCUACAUAGAAAAAGCAUAUACUAUUAUCAAUUAAAAG